GACAUACUAGAGAUGACGUGAAGGUUUUGGAGGCAGAUAAUGUGGCAAUGAAACAAAGGCUGGCAGUCAGUGAGAGUAAGGUGGAGGCUCUGGAGGCUGAAAAUAAAGCAGUGAAAGAAAGGCUGGCAGUCAGUGAGGGUAAGGUGGAGGCUCUGGAGGCUGAAAAUAAAGCGGUGAAAGAAAGGCUGGCAGCCAGUGAGAGUAAGGUAGAGUCUCUGGAGAGGGCACUACAGGACACCAAAGUAGAAAUGAAGACGGAGGUGGACAAUCUGAAGAAGGAAAAUGCAGCGCAAGAGGCAGAGCUGACAGCAGUGAAGACCAGACUGGCAGCCACUGAGACUGAAGUGGAGAAUCUGGAGAAAGAGAUCAGAGCAGCACCCAAGGUGGCCUUCUCAGCAGGUCUGAGGGAAUCUACAGGAUACAUAGAGUCCGGGAGCAAUGACCUGAACUUAGUGUUCAAGAGAGUCAUCACCAAUGUAGGAGAGGCCUACAACAGCACGACUGGCUUCUUCACAGCUCCAGUCAGGGGGGUCUACUACUUCAGGUUCACUGUUAUGGAUCAUCUGAACUCAAGCUGGAUGGGGAUCUGGAUGUAUAAGAAUGUAACAGAACAGCUCAUGUAUCUGCAUGAUUAUGACUCUGAUGGAAGAAACAACUAUCUGUCCAGUGGCCUGACUCUGCAGCUGGAGAAGGGAGACACAGUAAACCUGAUGCUACCAGGAGGCUACAGGCUCUAUGACACUAAUGGCCAUAGCUACAGCACCUUCAGUGGCUUCCUGCUCUUCCCUCUCUGA